GUAGGCAAGAAUGCAAUUGAAAUACAUGAAUUUGGUCCUAAGUAUUGCCAUUGAACUUGCAAAUCCGGCAAUACAGUUUUUAUAUCAUAUAUUCCAUUUUUGUUUGUAUUAGUCUCUUCACAAUCACUUGAGCUUAAAGAGGUGCUAUUCGUUCGAGACGACGUCAAAGGUCUCUCCAAUAUUACAUAAGCGGAUAAGAUAAGCAAGCGAGGCUGAGGAACUUCAUGGAAAGGACAGCUUUGGACUUGCUAAUUAUUUUGAGGACACACGUACGAUACAACCUAUCACAAUUGCGACAAGCAAAGUCCCGUCGACAACUCCUCAACUUAAGAACCCUAGCUAUCAAUAUACAACAAUCAGACUAUCGCAAUCGACAAAAUGGAGGAAACCGAGACUUUCACCCUGUUACCAUUACAUAUCGACUAUCAAUCAAAAGCGAUAGCAACCUCCUCCAAUUCCAAAGCUCUCAACGAAGAGUUAGAAGAAAUCAAUACUCUCUGUCGCACUCUCCUCGCGAUAGAGUCACCAAUUCCUCCUCCACCUGUCCCCGUAAACCCCAAACGUUCCGCUGGAAUUACCAAAUUGCGAGAAUCAGGUAACGGCGAGUUUCGAAAAGGCAGACAUGGAGAAGCUAUUAAAAUAUACACUCUGGGUUUGGAAAUGGCAUUAAAAAGACCACUCUGGGAACCAUGUGGCUUGGUCAGAGAUGAGGUGUCGGGAUUGUAUGCGAAUCGGGCGCAGGCGCAUAUGGCGUUGCAGAACUGGGUUGAGGGGGCUUUGGAUGCGGAGAGUAGUGUGGAGGCCAAGAGGGGCGGUAAUGCGAAGGCCUGGUGGAGGAGAGGAAAGUGCUUGAUGGAGAUGGGUAGGUUGGAUGAGGCAAAGGAGUGGCUUGGACGGGGAUUGGAGAUGGAGAACAAUGAAGGGGAUCUGGUGGCUUUAUUGAGGGAGAUUGAGGCGAAGGAAAAAAAGACGUUACAUGUUUAAUUUGAAGGAUAUAUGGAUGGUAUUGGCAUGGGGAUAUGUAUGGUGUAAAGAUAUGGAGUCAAGGCGUUUUCUUGCUGGGUUCACGGACUGAUUUACAUUCUCGCAUGUAUCUGAAUUAAAGAUUGGUUUGAUUUGGCUGGGAGUCCAGUAUGAAAAACUCGCAGAGGUUUAUGCUAAAUGCUUCAAAAAGUUUGAAAGUGAGGAACGGCAUUGAAAUAUCACUCUAUCUGGUCAUCAAUAUCUUGAACAAAUUUAAUUUGAAUCAUUGCACUCACACGCAAAUAUGCUACUCUUCACUCAUAUCUAGGAGAUUUGCCUACGCAGGUUGUAAUGUUCUAAAACUUGUAAUGUUAUUCUGUAUUCUUGUUAAUCUACA